UAAUGGUGUGGCCUACGGACUACGACGUAAAACUAGACGAGUAUGACGCCAUGGACUUGCCUGGACAACAGUUGGCAGCGUCCCAGGCCUCGUCCACGCUUGAUCACAUUCUUCAUUUGGACGUCACUGCUCCUGCGCCAUGUCAAAGACUGACGGCAAUUGUUGCGAGUAUUGGGAAAUCUUCACGGGACAUUGAGUCUAUAGAGAAAAUGUUAGCUGCCGGUAUGAAUAUAGCAUUAAUAAACUUCGUGUUUGGAAAACUCGACGAGCAUAUAGAAACGAUAAAGAAUAUUCGAGAAGCUACUAAGAACUACAGCCGAUCUGUUGGACGAACUUGUCCUUUGGCGAUUGCAGGAAUGCUGUAUGGCAAAAAAAUAAGAACUGGGACUAUACUGCCUACCUUCGGUGAAAAAGUCGAAUUGAAAGCUGGUGAGAAUUUAAGGCUGACUACCGACGAAACAUACAGAGAACGUUGCUCGGAGAACAUAGUAUAUGUCGAUUAUAUGAAUUUGUCUGAGCAAGUAACUAAAGGGACGAAAGUAUAUCUGGAUAACGAGAAGAUUAUGUUGUUAGUGGAUGUAGUGUCAAAAACUACGGUCACUUGUAAAAUCGUUGUCGGUGGCCAUCUUGGAUCUAACAAAGACGUGUUCGUUUCGAAUACAGUUCUAGACAUGCCUAAUUAUAGCGAAAGAGAUAAAGAACUGAUUGAAAUAGCUAUACGAAAUCAGUUGGACAUUCUUAUCGCGCCUUUCGUAAACUCCACCGAUGCCAUUACAGAACUGAGACACUUAAUGGGCGAGAGGGGGAGGAGGAUUGCUAUUGUCGCCAACAUUCAAACUAUUGAGGGCUUCCAUAACUUUGACGACAUCCUUGCGAAAACAAACGGCGUUAUGAUAACACGUCAAGAACUCGGAUCAGAUAUUUCACCCAACAAACUGGUGAUUGCUCAAAAGAACAUGAUCAUCAGAGCAAAUAAGGCAAAUAUACCAGUGCUGGUAAACGCGCACAUACUAAAAAGCAUGCGUAAAAAGCGAGCACCGCUCAGGUCAGAGUUAUGUGACGUAGCCAACUGCGUGUUGGAUGGUGCUGAUGGUCUGGUGCUGUCAGCUGAAACCGCCAUAGGCCAGUCCCCUGUAGAUACCAUAAGGGUUAUCACUGAAGUAUGCAAAGAAGCCGAGUCAUGCGUGUGGAGUGAACGGAUGUUCCUAGAAAUGAUGAACAAGACUCCCAUGCCAUGCGAUCAGACAACUGGCACAGCGUUGUCGGCGGUGCUGGCGGCUCAACGCCUGCUCGCAGCGGCCAUCAUUGUGAUGACUACUUCGGGGAAAACUGCACAGAUUAUAUCUAGGUAUAAACCAAGAUGUCCGAUCGUAGCUGUCACAAGAUAUGCGGCUAUAGCACGACAGCUGCAUCUGUGGAGGGCCAUCAUGCCACUAGUCUAUGAAGAGACCCCAAAAUCUGACUGGGAGCAGGAUAUGAAGGAGCGGAUAAAGUUCUGCACUUCGUGGGCGAUGGAGAGGGGCUUCAUGAGAGUGGGCGACCCCUACGUGCUCGUGUCCGGCUUCGUCGGCGCCGGCGCCUCCAACACCGCCAGGAUUGAGUACGCCACUGAUGAUGUGGAAUAAAAAGUUUUGUUCUUUU